CCGCAGUGAAUUUAACUGCUCAAGGUCGUCGGGGCGACGCAGCGAAUCCCAACCACAAGUUGACGUUUGCUGUCCACGCCUUUGGUUUUCAAAUGCUUGAAAUGCUACAGGUACGACCUACGUCGUCCUUAUAAAAGACCCAUUUUAGCGCUUCAGACUUUUAAAAGUUCUCCCCAGAUUAGUGCAUACCUAUGUACAUCCAAUUCAAACGAUUACAAAUAAACAACAAUUGAUAAGCUCACAUAACAUAAUGAAUUUCCAACCCAAGUCUGCUGAUACUAAGUUUAUCCUUCCUGACUCUGUCAAACUAGUCAAUCACGGCAUAAGUGAAUUUAAAACACCUAUUGUGAACACUAUCGUAUUGAGCCAAUCCAUUACAUUGCCAUCUCUACCAAAUGCUAUUCCCAUCAAAUUAAAAAAUGAUAUCAAAAUUCGCAGGCGAAAAAUGAAGAGACAUCAGAAGAAAAGGCUACAUAAGCGUCAUGCUGUGUUGAUACGAAAGGAACAGAUGAUGCGUGAAAAAAAAGAGGAAAGCAAAUUACAACAGUUGCUUGAAUUUUGGAAGAUCCGUUCAGAAUCAUGGGACCCGGUCGAUAAGGUGAAAAAUCGAUUGCAUUUAGCGAGAAGGUCCGGUUAUUACGUAGAUAUACUUAAUACUAAAGGCAGUCCAUUUUCUAAAGAAUAAAUGUUUAGUACUAAAUCUUACUUUCUUGAUUCCCCAUAUGUUUACGUGAAUAAAUUGUAAAAAUCUACGUUUUAGGAACCAGAAGGUCGGCUACAUACCAAAGAUUUAUCGAAUCCUAUACAUGCGUCGAAAUGCGGUCAAGAAGCGUUGCAGGAUAUGUUAAGCGGGUUGAGAGACUUAAUGUUGCUGUUCUACGCGUGCAUGGAUCCUAAAACCCGAGGAGUCAGUACUCACCAAGCAUCUAUCGCUGGACCACAAUGCGUCGAAACGUUGCAGCACAUGCAAAGCAACAAAGAACUUCUUCAACAGGUAUUACUGUCAAAUAAUUUUAGAUGUUAGCUUAUAAGGGUCCCAUUUACGUUUUCUGUACUGUUACUAGUGACGGUGGAAUUUUUGUCAGGUGGACCGUUGUAUAUGAUGGCUAGUGUUGUAGCUUUGAAGCACUAACAAACCAAGUAGUUUAGAAGAAUUAAGUGGAUCACCACCGGUUGUUGUCUUAGGCUAAAUAAUUGCAAAGAUAUGCCACUGGUUACAGUGUUCGACUCAUAGAGUGGGUUAACCUCGUAUAGCUGUCAUACACAUGACUUGUUGUCUCAUCCUACUUGUGGUAAAAAUGCCUGCUCCAGAAUGUAUUCGAAUACUCUUUUUCAGCUGUUUAGGGAAUAAUUAUAAGUAUUUGGAUUUAAGAUAAGCGGCCCUCAUUUCAAGUUACAGUGUACAGUAGUGCAUGCUAUCCGCCAAAUGUUAUGUGGAACACCAACCCAUCAAAUACUAAUAUAUGCGUAGCUCCGACAGAAUGAUGCAUUAAAAUCACAAUUCCAUUCAGACUGUCUGUAAUAACGGUAUAACCAACCUUUACUUCUAGCUAAUUUAACAUCUUAUGAAAGAUGUCGGAUACUUGGAGAGCUUUAGAGUCGUUUUGAUUCAACUUUUUAGUGUAGAUACUAAAUUUCAGUAGAGGCACUUUUUUGUCCAUUACGGACUUAUUGGACUUCAUUUCAUCGAAAAUUUGUUUCACUUUCAUUCUAUAUUCUAUGCCAAUAUGCAUCGAGUUGUGGGAACUAACCAGUUCGUAGACCCUAUCUGUACAAGCAAUGUAAACAUCAACCCUCGUAUUGAACAUACUCCCACUGCAUACAAUCCACUAUACGCUUUAUACGAAUAUUCAUCAAUAUUAGAACGGAUAGUUCGACAAAAAUUGGGCGCCGGGUAUAGAGAAGUCAUAUGUGGAAAAAAUAUAUUUAAAAUAAUCUCAGCGAUCGAAAUUUAAAUGAGCUUUGUUCCUUUAGAUUAGCAAUUCACAAAUCAGUGUGGAGAUUUGAUCGCUCAUGUUCUUUAUUCAAAAGUCAGUAUAGACAAGUACGAAACCACUCCAUACGUUGAGCUUUGCAUUGCUUAUUUCGUAAAAUGUAACUUGUGUACAUGGAUCAACGUGAUCCAUCCCCCAUUCUAUUUUAGGCCUUUCAUGUAGUAAAAGAAAGCUGUGACCGCUUACUUCCUGCUGACGUUUCUGAUCUUGUCCCCUAUGUGGAUACCCCGAUAAUGAACAGAGAACCAAGUCUUGAAUUAAAGCAACUAAUUAUAGCUCGUGAAAAAGUAAUCAAAAGGUUGCUAACAGUAACAGAAGAACUCGAAAAACUACGUCGCAUUUUAACAAAGACAGUGUGGGAACUCAAUGACCUUACUGACCCAAAUGUUCAGAAAUUUUGACUACUAUUUUGUCUAGCAUUUGUAUUUUGCUUAUCUGAGACAGACAAAUAAAUGCAAGUUG